AUGUAUUGUUCCUUUGUCCUACUUGUCAAGGAAAAAGCUGAGCUGCACGAGCUCUGCAUGCGCUUGGAAAAGGAUGGUCUGUCCCCCGAGGCCUCUGUAGACAAGCGUCAGUGCCACUUGUGGCGUCUGCUCCAGCGCAGUGAGUGCAGUCUUGCGUCGACCACGGAGGAGCUGCAGACUCUGCGUGCACAGCAGGCCAGCGAGAUGAGAGAGGUGGAGAAUUAUGUGGAGCACAUUCGAAACAUGUUGGAGCAGCGAGAGUGUCUGACAGCUGAUUAUGAACGUGAGAACGAGGAGCUCCGCACUGAGCUUGCACAGUUGAAGCACCAGCAAGAGUGCCAGUAUAAGGAGGUGAUGGAGAUGCUGGAGCAGGAAGGCCUUGCUGAGAUCAGUCACAGCAGCUCAAGCGAGCAGGUGGCUUAUCUCCUGGUGGAGAGAGUAACGCUGCUGGAGAGGCUGGAAGCUGCCGAAAGGAAACUUGAUACACAGACCCUUACAGGGAACCUUAGGGAGGUCCAUCUACAGGAGGAGCUGGACCACAUCAGACAUACACUAGAGCUGGAGCUCAGACAGCAAAGGGAAAUGAUGCAGCUCACCAAAGAAAGUUUCAACAAGGGAAAAGAAACCACUGCUCGAAGCCCCUGGAGGAAGCUUUUUGGUGUGCACACAGCUACACGAAAGGCACAGAGCCUUUUCCCUGCUCACAGUGAGGAGCUGGAGCAGGAGCGCACAGAGAGAAAGAAGCUAGAGAGGGACCUGGAGGAGGCUUCUCACAGGCUGAGUAUGGCUCAUGAGGAGAUCCGCCGCCUCACUGAUGAGUUAGAUCUGGCUCGGAAAACCCAGCAAGUUUGUGGGUCUGACCUGCAAACAACAGGAAAGGAAGUGGCUAGACUAAAAGAAGAAGUAGAGCAACUCAAAAAGUGUGAUAUGGCAGAGUUACAAAAGGCCAAGGAUCAUAAUGAGAGACUGGACAAAGAGAUCUGGGCACUAAGGGACAGAGUACGCUCGUUAGACGCUGAGAGAAAGACUCUUUUGAAAAUGAUCGAAAACUUUAAAAUACAUAACAGCGAUGGAGGCGAACUUGAGACAGAAAACGGUCCCACUCGGUCUGUCCAGGUUAAUGGAAAUGACAAUCCUGGACUGUUUGGUACACCGUUAAAUAAUGAACAAGAUCAACUCCAUAAAAGGUGUCUGAGGGAGUCUGAAGAUAAAGAUUGCCGUCUCCGGGAGCUGGAAAGAAGGCUGCAGAAGCAGCAGCAUCAACAUGAGGAGCUGGUGGAGAGGAACGAGGAGCUGGAGGCUUUACUGGGGGAGGCACAGAACAAAGCUAAAGAGGAGAGGGAACGCUACGAGUGUGAAGUGGAAAGCUUGCAAAGAAAGAUUCAAAAUCUGGAGCUAGAACUGAAUAGGAAAAGCACACCAAGACCUGUAGAGAAGAGUGAUCUGACAAAAGAGACUGCUUUAGAGCUAAAGGAUGGUAUUCAAGAGAGGGUGACAUAUCUUGAGAGGCGACUUGCUGAGGAGAAGGACUGGAGAAAACGUCUAGAGGUUGACUUAUCAGUGGCCCAGUCAUCUCUCAAAAAAGAGAAACAGGCUUCAGUCAGAGAGCAUGAAGAGCUGAAGAAACUGCGUAUAGAGGUGCAAAACCUACAAGCUGUGUGUCAGCAAGAAAAAGCCCUCAACCAGAGCCUCAAACAGGUUAAGGCAGAAAAGGGGAUUUUGGAAGAAAAGGUGGCCCAGUUGGAGCGUGCUCAGACACGACUUGAGAAUGAACUGCUACAUCAGACAGAGGGCAGCAAAGUACAGGGGGACCUGCGAAAUAGCAUGGAGGAGGUGACCAAGCUCAACGCUUUAGUUGCACAGCUGCAAUCACAGCUGUCUAAACUAGAAAAGGAGCACAGCACACUGAGAGAUGAGACUGUGGAGAAACGCAGGCAGGCGAUGGAGCUGCAGACUGAGCUGAGUAUCCAAGCUCAGGGGCGACUCCAGGCUGAGAGUCAAACGGAGCAGCUCGGUCUGGAACUACAGCUUAUGAAAGAACAGCUUCACACCGCCAGGCAGAACAGGCCCUCUGACUCUAAUCCCAAACCUUCUGCUGAAAAGAACAAGGAGCUGCACCAGGUGACAUGUACAAGUUCAGAGUUAAGGAAGCUUUAUGUCAACCUGGAUGAAGGAGGACUUUUGGCUGCUCAGCACCAGCUGGCCUUGCAGGCCCAGAUUAGUGAAGCCCAGGCCAGGGUCAAGACUCAAGACUCAGUCCUGCAGCAAAAGGGAGAGGAAAACAAGCAGCUAAAGCAGGACUUGCAAAGGACUCAGCAUCUCUUCACUUCAGCUGAACGAGAACUGCGCUACGAGAGGGAGAAAAAUCUUGACCUCAAAAGACAUAAUGCACUUUUGGACCAAGAGAAAAUCAAGCUGUGUGCAGAGCUGAAGCAGGCUCAGACCAAACUAUCACAGCUGGAGGUGUGUGCAGCAGCUCACGCAGCAGAUCUGGAGAAGCUACAACAGAAAGCAAGAGAUCUAGAACUGGAGCUAGCCAGGAACAGCCAAAACAGAGCGAGCAGCAGCAGUCUUAAAGAGGAGCUCAGUGCAGAAAGAGCACGUGUUCUUGCUGCUGACAAGAAGGUUUUGGAGAUUCAGCAGCAGUUGAAGAAUGCUAUGCAUCAGUUGCGUCUGGAGGAGGCCAAAGCCGAAGAGACCAGUAAGAUCGAGAGAGACACCAGAGACAUGUCCGAUAACCUGUCUACGCUCCGAGCCAAACUGCAGGAGGAAAAACUCCAAAGGAAGUUAGUGGAGCAGAGGGAGGAAGAACUGCAGCAACAAGUGCGUGCCCUACGAAUGAAGGAGGCCAGUCUGAACCGUGCUAACUGUGAGCUCACACACCGAAAGCAAGAGACAGAGACUCGGCUGCAGGUUUUAGAGAACGAGCUGAGCUCCACCAGGGAGGAGCUGAGGCUCAGUCAGAAGAAUUGCCACAAGGUGGAGGAGCAGCUCAUAUCCUCUCAGCAGGAGAUCGAAAGAUUGCAGGAGGAGUUAAAAAAUAUCCUUCAGCAGCUUGAUACAAACAUCAGGCGAUACAAUGAAAAACACUCGCUUCAUAAAGCCAAGAUGCACAGAGCAAAGCAGCACUUCUUGAAGGUGACCACCCAACAGGACCUGAGAAUCCAGAAGCUGGAGAGUGAUCUAGCAAUUGCAAUGAGCCUCUCGGAGAAAGAAAAAGACUGGAUUCAGACGGUAACUGAGGAGAAUGACCAGCUCCUGCUGGAGAGGCGUGAGUUGCUAAUAAGGAUGAGUGAAGCUGAGGAGAUGGGCAGCUCUGGAAUGAGAACAGCUACAGACACACAGCAGAGGUUGAAGUUCUUGGAGAUGGAGAAUAAGCAGCUUCAGGAAAAAACCCUAAAUCUUGCCAAUCAAAUUGGAGUUUUAGAACGUGCACUGAGGAAUCUUCAGUUAGUGUGUAGUCGUGAGGAGGUAACAAAACUCUUUUCAGCUGGAACUUCUCCUGAUGGCCUGUUACAGAUGUCAACUUCAAGUCCGAAGCUGGGGCUGUGCGACUCGUGGGGACUGUUGGACGUCAUCCGCUGGGUCAAAGUGGGCGAAAAUGUCAAAAGUUUGGAGUCGUCUCUCUCUUUGCCAACCUCCCAGGCCUCGGAGAUCGGGUACCUAAACGUGAGCCCCUCCGUGACUCCCAAUGCCACCCUUAAACUGGAGGAGAAUUGCAGCAUGUCCAACAAAGAUGCCUAAAAGGACUGAUUGCCAACUAUCUUCAGCAAGUCUGGAUUGUGGUCAUCACUGCAUCCGAAGUUGCCUGGUCAUCAUAAUUAUGAGUAAACUACAAAGCAGUAUCUGCCUGGUUAAUGUCAGAUUGGUUUCGGCUAGCCUUCUCUGCUAAUGAUGAAAGCAGUGGGGAAAAUGUACUCUCAGAUUCACUUUCCAGUUUCAGUGCAGCGUUACGCAUGUGUAGCAGGAAGUCCUAUCACGUCACAUCUGCUCUGUGGUUAGUUCACUAAAUAUCUUCACUGACGUUCGAUCAGAAUGCCUCUCUUCCUCUAAAAUAGGAGGUCUGUUCCAUGCAGGGUUGGAAAUCAAGGCUGAUUGGUUGCUAGAUUUUGUAGACAAUCCUUUCAAUCAGGGUUAUUCUUCGAUAGCGAUGGUGAUUAAAAUGAGCUUGUUUUUAAGUGGCCGUUUUUUAAGUAUUGAAUAUUAUUUGUGCAUAUUUAUGCUCAGGGUCGUCAGCACUUAACUUAAGGUUAUUGUCUUCAUUGCUCAUCCCAUGUAGCUGUUAUUAAGAACCUUGAAAGCAGUUCUUUCCAGGCUCCCUGCAUUGCAUUGUUAAACCUGUACAAAACAGUGGCAGGGCUGUCUGAACACUGUGUUUGGGUGGCUGCACACACUACAACGUAAGCAACUGCAUCUUGCUUGCUAAAAAUGGGUCUUUUUUCAUAGUUUUUUGUUUAAAGAUUGCAAGUGGCUCGAAGAUGCGAGAGAACAAAAUGACUGAGAUUUAAAGACAUUUCUAAAGCGAUGCUUUUGAUAUCAAAGCCAAAGCAGAAUUAGUGUAACUAGGAAACACUAAGGUAGAAUUUAUAUGGUGCAGCUGUUACAUGCCAUGUGUGUUGUUUUUAUUUUUUUAGAUUGCUAAUCCAUAAGGGAGAAACGGUACUUAAGGGAUAAAAUUUUAAGAUAUGCUGAAGCACUUUAAGGUUCAAGUAAUACAUGGUGAAGAUGUUUACAACAGGAAAACCACUAUUGCCCGUUUGUACAUGUUUAAAUCUAGGACAAGAUAUUAGUAAAUGCCACCAGAUUACAAUCUGCAUUUCAAAGUGCUCACAACAGUUGUUAUGCAGUGCCAGGUGUAAUAAAUGUAUAUAAUCAUUUUACAGGUACUUUUUAGGACAUUAAGAUAUACUUUAUCUGUUGGGGACUACAGCUGGGUGAUUUAAAUAUAUAUUAAAUAGAAUUUUCUUACGUAAGCAAAUUACAUAUUGUAGUGUUCCUGGUUAUUUCUAUGCUUUAGGUGGGGUUUAAAUAACAACUAACUAUAGUUUGCUUCCACUUGCUUGCAGUUAUUUCCUGUAGGAACCCUUAUCGUUUAGUGGGUUAACGCUUAUGAUUAGGGCCCUACUAAAUUCAAGGGAAAUUUUGCCUAAUUUCUUGGACCUCGUUUGUCAUAAAAGAAAAGUGCCACAAUUCAUGACAGUCAUUAAACAGUUGAAUGUAAACCUAGAACAUCCAGCGACGGUCUAAGAGACAAAAAUUCUUGUCCGUGUUUUGACAUCCCCCUCUGUGCCCACAUAAUUAGUUGGGAGUUUUCCAAACUCGCAAGCUGCUUUAGACUUUGACAUCUUGGACAUUUUGACUAAGCGAUUGCUAACUGAAUUGCCGUAGGAUUGCUACAAUUUUACAGCAAAUUGCAUAUUACACGGGAAGAUGCUAAUUUUACAGUCCGUGAUGUGAUUUUCAAGGCCGUGAAUUAGGUAGGACCUUACUUAUGAUUGACCUAAAGCCUAAAUGAUCAGAAUGUUAGUCUAGGUCUUAACUUGCUCUUACAUCCUAAUGUCUAUUAUACCAAUAAGGACUCUAAACUGUAGCAAUAUUCAAAAAACUGUGAACCAGUUCUGUCACAGAUUAAUUAAUCUACGUGUGACAGUAGCAGCAAACUGUAUGGCUUUGGUUCUGCCUCGUAUUGACCACACCACUAGUGUAAACAGCAGACCUCUAUGGUCCUACAGAAGAAUUCAUGUCUGCUAUUAGUUUUGGCUCUACUUGCUUAUAAUACUGAUAGCAAACACUUGCAUGUCUGUGAUACUGUUACCUUGUCAUAGACGCAGAGACAGGAGUGGGGAACCUUACAGGACUGGCUAUACCUGGAUCCACCUGUUUAAUCAGUACAAGAACAACUGAUGAGGUUAAUUGGUUCUAGUUGCUGAUUAGUAGGAAUAAAAACCUGCAAAUACAAAGGCUUGUGUACGAGGUUCCCCAUUCUGCUUCAGAAUGUAGCAGUAGAUUAAAUCUUAUUUUGACUUGCGUUUCAAACAGCAUAAUAUUGAUAAAUGUCGUUAUUAUUUUUUAAAGAAAUGCCUGUGGCUAAUAUAUUGCACUUGUGGCUUUUUUUUAUGUAAUCAUUUGCAGUCUUAUUAUGAACAGCCUUCCAGUGUUUUGUGAUAUGUAUAAAAUCUUUGGUAUUUUAUUGAAAUGUAUUAUUUGUAUACUUUAAUACUACUUGCAGUACACAAUCAGUAACUAGCAUGUUUCAAAAGUUAG